ACAGGAAGGAGGAGAGGUGAGAGAGGAGGAGGUGGAGCCUGAGGUGACUGAUUAGUAUCAGCUGAGUCAGACCUGAGAGUGCAGCAGGAACCCUCGCUAAUCUAAACAGGUACAGGAAGUGACGUCGGCGAGGUGGCGGACGGACCAGUCCUCUGUGGUCUGAGACUCGACACUUUGCAGGAAGCUCAGUGAGAAGGAUGGAGGUGAAGACGCUGCUGCUCGUGUUUGUGCUCGCCGCUCUGGAGGUAACGUUGGCGUCUGGCCGCGAUCAUCGCCCCUCGAUGCCUGGAUCCCCACACAACAUCAGCAAGAAUGACCGUGGCCUCCAGCAGGUUGUCCUCAACGCCGCCUACUUCUUCAAUAAUGAAUCAAAUGACGCCUUCCUCUUCAAACCCGCCACCAUCGACAGAGCACAGAAGCAGAUUGUUAAAGGAGUUCGGUACAUUGCAGAUUUUCAGAUUUCCAGAACGGUGUGUCAUAAACGGGACAAGGACAACAACCUGUCCAGGUGUGACUUCCAGCCACCCGGUCCGCUCCACCAGGUGUUUCAGUGUCACAUAGAUGUUUGGAUGAUUCCUUGGGAAAAACCACAGAAGAAGAAUUUCAACUUACUUUGCAAACAGUGAAUGCAGCAGCUGACUCCUCCCCCUCCUGCUGCUGUCGCCCGUCUUCAUCCACUAAAUAGAAACUGUCAAUCGUCCACGUUCAGCUCUGUUCUCUGAAUAUUUCAGUAUUAAAGAUGAAACUCUGAACUCUG